AUGGUGCUCAAGACAAAGCUUACCGAGGCGCUGGGCAUCAAGCUGGACCCUCAGCUCUACAGACGGAUCCACAUGUUGCUGGAUCCACACGUGAAGUGGAAAGCUUUGUACCGAACACAUGCCGGACACCAGGAAGACCCGGGUGAAGGGGCAUGCCUCGCUGUCACGCCGCUGUUAGCGGGCCUGGACAGUUUGCACGCGGAAAUGUGGUUUUUCCCCACGCAGGAUGUGUUUGGCCAAGUUGCAGACUUAUUCCAGGGGCCUGCAUUUGAAGAAGGCGAACAGUGGCGAGCUUUGACGCGAAUCAAAGUUCGCAAAGAGCCGAGUGUUAAAGCGCCGCAGUUGGAGGACAAAGUCAUUGAGAAAGGUGCCAUCUUCUACGUCGCAGAAAAGCGCAGGGCCAAGAUCCCGACAGGUGGCAAGCACCGCUUAUAUCUGCGACUUGCUGCCGGCACAGGAUGGGUCUUCGACCUCGGAGUGGCAGGAGAAUGGCAGCCAAGCUUCUUAGCUGCUUUGUUUGCACCGCACUCUUCCAUUAGUGGUCCCAGGUAUGGAAAACCCAUUGCCGAGCCUGUCUACGAGGACUUAAGGAUGCACUACGUUGGCUAUGCGGAAAUGGCUGCAGCAGUGUCCAACGCUGGUGGUCUCGGGAUCAUCACGGCAUUGACCGUGGCCCAGCCUCCAAAGGGCAAGGAAGCUUUGCGAGACGAGAUCAGGAAAUGCCGUCAACUGACUGACAAGCCCUUUGGUGUCAACAUCACGUUGUUGCCAGUAGGGGUUCCACCAGACUUCGACGGCAUCGUGCAAGUGCUGAUAGAAGAAAAGAUCAAGGUGGUGGAAACUGCCGGACGCAACCCCGAGAAGGUCAUCAAGCAGUGCAAGGAUGCUGGCAUGUUCGUCAUCCACAAGUGCGUGGCAGUGAGGCACGCGCUCACGGCCCAGAAGAUGGGUGCUGACAUGAUUUCCAUGGAUGGUUUCGAUUGCGGUGGCCAUCCAGGUGAGGAAGAUGUGGGGAACUGGGUGCUUUUGGCGCAGGCUGCGCAGGAGCUGUCCAUUCCGUUCGUUGCAAGCGGAGGUACCGCAACGGGGACACAGCUGGCAGCAGCGCUGGCCAUGGGCGCUGAGGGUGUGAACAUGGGCACUCGCUUUAUGGCGACCAAAGAGGCACCCAUUGUCCAGCCCAUGAAAGAUGUCAUGGUGAAGGCAAAAGUGACGGACACAACCCAUGUCUUCCGCAGCUUGAAAAACACUGAGCGGGUGUACAAGAACAAGACUGCAAACGAGGCUCCCAUGGCUGGGCAUGCGCAUGUGUCUGGACUUGCACUUCGCAAGCGAAGGGACAGGCUCGCAGUGGAAAGACUGUAG